AUGAUCCUGGGGUAUCACGGCAAGCACGUGCGGCUCGACAAGAUCCGCGAUCUGAUGGGCGUCGGCCGCGACGGUGCCAGUGCUCACGCCAUCCUUGAGGCCGGUCAUCUAUUCGGGCUGCGUGGUCGUGGUGUCCAGAUCGACGAUGUUGCCGAUCUGCACUAUCUCAGCACCGCCUCAGUGCUGCACUGGCAGUUUAACCACUUCGUGGUGUUCGAGAAGUUGACCCGCGACGGCGCCGUGAUCGUCGAUCCGGCGACCGGCCGCCGCGCCGUUUCUAUGGCCGAGUUGCGCAAGGCCUUCACCGGCAUCGCCCUGACCUUCGAGCCGACUGAGGAUUUCAUCGCGGGCGGCAAGCGUGUUACCGGCGUCGGCCGCUAUGUCCGUCAGAUCCUCACCCAGUCUGGGCUGGUGACGCGGAUCAUGGUGACCUCGCUGCUGGUACAGGUCUUGGCCCUGGCGCUACCGCUGUGCACCGGGCUGUUGGUCGACCGGGUGGUUCCGCGAGAGGAUCAUCACUUGCUGCUGGUGCUCUCCGCUGGUCUGGUGAUGAUCAUCGGUUUCAACUACCUUGCGGGCCAUAUUCGCGCCCAUUUGAUGCUGCAUCUCAGUACUCAGCUCGACGCCAAGAUCACGCUGGAGUUUCUUGAGCACCUGAUCGACCUGCCCUAUGCGUUCUUUCAGCGCCGUUCGGCGGGCGACCUGAUCAUGCGGCUCAACAGCAAUAGGACGAUUCGCGAGACUCUCACUUCGACGGCGCUCACUGGGCUGCUCGACGGACUUUUGGCCACUCUCUACCUGAUUCUGCUGUUCAUGGCCCAGCUCAAGCUCGGAAUCCUGGUCCUGUUCUUGGGGCUGUUGCGGGUCGGCCUGUUUCUGCUGUCCCGCCGUCGCUAUAGAGACUUGAUGUCCGAAGCAUUGCGGACCCAGGCGAAAUCGCAUAAUUAUCAAGUCCAGGUGCUGGCCGGCAUCGAGACUCUGAAGGCGAUGGGUGCCGAGCGCAGGGCGGUUGAGCAAUGGUCGCAGCUCUUUGUCGACGAGCUCAACGUGUCGCUGGCCCGCGGCCGGCUGAGCGCCCUGGUCGACACUCUGCUGGCAGGUCUGGGAACCGCCUCGCCGCUGAUCAUCCUGGUCUACGGUGGCCUUCUGGUCCUGGCUGAAGAGCUCACCCUGGGAACCAUGUUGGCGGUCAGCGCUCUAGCGGCCGGGUUCCUCGGGCCGAUCAGUGCCCUGGUGUCGACAGCAAUCCAGCUGCAGCUCAUGGGCAGCUACGUUGAGCGCGUCAACGACAUUAUGGAAACCCCCAAGGAGCAGGAACGUACGGAGGUCUCACAAGCUGCCUCCUUGAAGGGCCGGAUCACCGUCGAUCAAGUCACCUUCAGGUACAGCACUUCAUCGCCGACGGUGGUCCGAGAUGUCUCAGUCGAUAUCGAUCCGGGUAGUUUCGUUGCCCUCGUCGGUGCUUCGGGGGCAGGCAAGUCGACCCUCGCCAAGCUGUUGCUCGGCCUCUACCCACCGACUGCAGGCAGGAUCUUCUUUGACGGGGUGGAACUUGCGACUCUCGAUCUGCGCUCGGUGCGCAAUCAACUCGGCAUUGUCACCCAGCAGCCCUACCUUUUCGGCACAUCGGUACGCGCCAACAUCGCUCUGACCAAUCCCGAGAUCGCCUUGCCGAGGAUCGUUCAGGCUGCCAAGCUGGCGCAAAUCCACGAUGACAUCAUGGCCAUGCCAAUGGCCUACGACACUCCAGUCGCCGAUGGCGGCGCCUCGCUUUCCGGCGGUCAGCGGCAGCGGAUUGCGCUGGCUCGCGCCCUGGUUCAGCGGCCAGCGAUCUUAUUGCUCGACGAAGCGACCAGCAAUCUCGAUUCGGUGACCGAGCGCGACAUUCAGCUGGAGCUGGCGAAGCUGCGCUGCACACGCAUUGUCAUCGCCCACCGCCUGAGCACGAUCAUGACCGCUGACGCCAUUCUCGUGAUGGAUCAGGGGCGGGUGAUCGAACGUGGAAGCCACGCCGAGCUGAUGGCGAAUACCGGAGUGUAUCGGCGGUUGAUCGCGGCCCAGGUCCAGGAAGAACACGACUUGAAAAACCCCAUCAAAGGGGCCGGGAGACUGAAGAGCCUCGGCGAAAGUCUCCGGUAA